GCGAUGGCUGUGGCGGUGCGUGAUUUGGGCUGAAUGCGAGAUGAGACUUGCACAGAAGGAGGGCGGCGCUGUAGCGAGAGGCUUUUUCGCCGGUGCCCUCUUCAGUAGCGAUGGACCCUCCGCCCUCACCUAUGGCUUCCGACGUAAUAUAAUGAGAAAUCACCUCAACCAAGGCCACCACCUCCCAUCUCUCACCUGUUUUUCUUUUCUUUUCCUUCCAUCUGUCUUUCCUUUUCCCCUCUCAGGUCCCCUCUCCUCUCCUCCCAUCGACAACUUCUCUUUCUCUUCCCUUUUUCUUUUCUUUUUCAUCUUCCACGGGCGGUUCCGCCAUUUGCAAUGCUGCGCGAGUUCACGAGACGCGCUCGCGGAUAGAUAUACAAUCAAAGAGGGCUAGAGGAAGGAGAAGGCGGAAAAGGCCAUGGACACGCUUCCGUCGUACGGCGAUGCUGUCGCCCGGCAAGACUGGCUGGACCUGGUCGCCCCGUACGUGCCGGUCGCGGACUGGUGUCGGUGCUGUCAGGUCGACCGGCGGUUCUAUCGCCGCUUCGCCCCGCGCCUCUGGCAGGAUCCCCUCGACGCGGCGCGCCGCCUCGGGUUGCAUCCGAAUGAUGAUUUGGCCUGGUACCGCCGCUUCAUCAACAAGCACGUGAAAGCCGUGCGCCGCGACACCCGACGCUACGUGCGCUGUCUAGACUUCCGCCGCUUCGCCUUGCGCGCGUCCGGGCUCUACUCCUCCGACGCCAGCGAGCGCGCUAUCUCGGAGAGCUUCAAGCACCUGCCCGAGAUAUUCCCCGGCCUGAUCUGCUUGCUCCUCGACGGCCAUCCGGAAUUGGAUCCCGGGUCGCUGGCGGACAGCACGUACGUGGCGCAGUCGUCUCUGCAGCUGCUCGAUCUGGCCCGGUGCCGCUACGAACUUACCCCCAAGCUGUUCGGGUUCGACUUGUUUAGGGAUCUGAUCUACCUGGACGUGUCGUUCGUGCCUGGGUCCGUCAGGUCCGCCCUCUACGUAUCUCUCAACCCUAGGUCGUUGCCGGGACUUCGCGUCCUCAAGGUUAGGGGUCGGGAGAUGGACAACCAGACCGCCAGCCUGCUGCUCGAGACGUUCCGCCAGCAGCUAUGGAGCCUCGACCUCAGCUACAACAAGCUGAGCGACGACGUUCUCGACGGGGUCGCCGACCACAGCAUCUCGCCCUUUACCUUUCACACGGACGCGUACUACGACAAGGACGGAAAGCUGGUAUCGUCCAAGAACGUCGGCAGCCGGAAGUACGGGCCGUUCAAAUUCAUCCAAGAGUCGCAGAAUAGCCGCCGCGCCGGAUAUUUCGGGAGAUAUCUCGCCGAUUCCCCCCUGUACUCCCAGAGAUUGGACCAGACCGACCCGCAGGAGUGGGAGGUCGUCCGCCCCGACGGGCUCGCCCCGCUCCGGCGUGACGAUGCGGAUACGGCAAAAGAAUUCCUGCUCGGCGAGAAGGUCGCAUAUAACAGCACCUGGACACUCUACGGCCAACCUCUGUUAGGAUACGGCGGGCUCACACAUCUCUACUUGAACGGGAACAGGUUCACGACUUCCGCUGUCGAGAGGCUCCUGAGGAUUUCCCGGGGCCGACUGGAGCACUUCGAGUGCGAUUCGUGUCUAUACUCCCUUACUCGCUCUCAGUUCGGCAGCCGUUCGUUGCGGGUCGGAAUUCUGGGAUUCCCCGGCUCUGCGCACUUGUUUCGACCGGUUAUCUCAUCCGGUAUCCGCUCCCUACGGAUCCAUCAUUCACUGGUAACGCAGGUUCCGACGGUAGAAAUCGAUGAGAUACCCCCAGCUGAGGCGGCGCGCAUCUCGGAAGGGCAGAUAUUCAAGAACAUGCGCCGGAUCUACCCGCUAGCUUUUACACCGGAUACGAACCCGCGGAUCGCGUCGAUAACACUCACAAACAUCCCAGCGCGGUCCACAGGGCCCGUCAUCGAGCAGCUUAUCCAGUUUCUCCAGCUCGCGCGCUCGCAGCAGAAUGCUAUCAAGGAAGCUAGGGAAAUGUUUGGCGCCCGCGGCCCCGCGACCCUUCGAGGGCUUCGGCAUAUCCGGCUCGAGCUAGCCCCCGACUCUUCGGCGGGCGGGGUGGACAUCAUCUCGGCGAAGGACGACGUCGACUUCGACAAGCUGCUCGACCCCGCCGAGGACAGUUUUUCGCAGGACACGAACUCGGGCAUGUCCGACGCCGACGAAGAACCCUUCGGGAUCACGUCGAGGCGCCAGAACACGGCCGUCAGCGGCCAGAAACAGCAGGCCGAGAUCCGCGGCGGCGUCCCGGUCGACCGCGCGACGAAGGCAUCGUACGCGGACUGGAAGGCGGGACGGCUCAAGUCCUAUCCUUACUCGAAUACAGACUCGGAGUACGUGACGCACCAGGAGGCGGACCCGGCGCGCUCCUGGACGGGCAACGUGUACUCGGUGCCGGUGUGGAUCGGGACCGGGGUGCUGGGCCCGGACGCGGCGGCCAACGAGUACAUGUGGAACGUGCAGGACGGGCGGCUGCGGGCGGACGUCGGGCCGGCGACGCCGCAGCACGUCGCCGCCGGGGUGCCGCCGCUCACGUACGUCUACCACGCCGCGUGGGACGCCAUGGCGGUGCCGCGGAACCUGGCCGUCCCGCAGCCGGCGACGCGCGGGUAUUCGUCGUCGUCGUCGGCAGCCGCGAGCCGCCCCGCGUUCAGAGACGUCGCCGCCGCGAUCAAGGAUUAUCGCUUCCGCACGCGCGACACGCCCGAUCAUUGGGACGGGAAGCUUGAGCUCGCGUGGAUGGCGUGAUGGGGGGCUAGAGGGCGGACGGGUUGGGCGAUACGAUUGUUUUACCUACGGUGUCGUUUCUACGGAGACUGGCCUCGAGUGGGCUGCUUUAGAGAAUUAGAAACCCAGCCGGGUGGCCAGAGGAGCGUUUCUCGCGGGUUGCCCCUGUCAUUGUGGAUUUGUAGGGCUGUUGUUUAUUUCUGUUGGGACAGGGGAUGGGGUGGCGCAAUUGCGAUAGCUAGAUGUCCCCGCUAAUGUUAUUUCUUCGCGAGAUACAUCCGUUAAUUUCUGCUGGGACAGGGUGUGGCUCCACGGGUCAACGUAGAUGCACAACGCACGGCACGUAAAUAGAUCGUCAAUUGCGUUAUCUUAGGUUUCUAGUUAGCUCCUCAAUCAAUCAGGCUCAGCUUCACAAAAAACUCGUUGG